CCCCCCUAGGGGUAUGUUCUGUGCACCUUCCUAACCUAAAACACUGUAAACAUUGUUUUAUUUCUGUCCAGAAUUAAUCGAUUGGUGAACAUUAAAUUGUUUAACASAACAUAGACAUGGAUGUAGGCGAAUUGCUUGACUACAAACCCCCGCAAGCUCUCAAGCGCCCCACCGAAGGCGAGGGCAAAGACGAUGAGUCGGAAAGAGCGAAGAAAAUGAGGAAAAUCGCCAGAGCCAAGGCUCAGCAAAUGGUCAGAGCUCCUUCUCCAACUCCGUCCCUCCAAGCAUUGGAUCAGAUCAGUGAGGAGGAGAGGGCAGAGAUUGUUAAGUAUGUGGAAACAGAAGAAGUCCAGGGCGACGUGGUAGAUUCGACAACGAUUAAGAAGAUAGUGCUAAAUUUCGAAAAGCGUUCGCUAAAAAACCGCGAAAUGCGUAUCAAAUUUCCCGAUUCACCCGACAAGUUCAUGGAGAGUGAGCUCGAGUUGCACGAAACGUUGCAGGAAAUGCGCGCCCUAUCAACCGCCCCCGACUACUAUCCACUCUUGGUGAGAUUGCAGGUGAUUCCCAGCCUGUUGGAAUUGUUGGCGCAUGAUAACACUGAUAUUGCUGUUGCGACCAUUGAACUGUUACAAGAGCUAACUGAUGUGGACAUUCUAAAUGAGUCUGAAGAGGGGGCUGAUGCCCUUCUGGAAUCCCUACUGGAGCAUCAAGUCAUAGCUCUUCUGGUGCAAAACUUAGAUCGUUUGGAUGAGACCGUGAAAGAAGAAGCUGAUGGAGUGCACAACACGCUGUCCAUAAUCGAAAAUCUCACAGAACUGAGAGCUGAUAUCAGCGUUGAGGCGGGAAAACAGGGAUUGCUGGCUUGGUUGCUAAAAAGGCUAAAAGUGAAGGCACCGUUUGACCAGAAUAAACUUUAUGUUAGCGAAAUGCUAUCCAUCAUCCUCCAAGACAAUGAGAAAAAUCGCACUUUGCUGGGGGAGCUUGAUGGGAUUGAUACUUUAUUGCAGCAACUGGCUUUUUAUAAACGACAUGACCCGUCUAGCCCUGAGGAGCACGAAUUGAUGGAAAAUCUAUUUAAUUGCUUAUGCAGUUCCCUAAUGGUGCCACCUAACCGCGAUCGUUUUCUCAAAGGCGAAGGCUUACAGCUGAUGAACUUGAUGCUGCGGGAGAAGAAAACAUCGCGAAACGGCUCCCUCAAAGUCCUGGACUAUGCCAUGUCCGGCCUUCAUGGAAAAGAUAAUUGUAACAAAUUUGUGGACAUUUUGGGACUAAGAACCAUAUUUCCGUUGUUCAUGAAAACCCCCAAGAAGAACCGCAAGAAAGUACUCUCUUCAGAGGAGCACGAGGAGCACGUCUGCUCCAUUAUCGCCUCCAUGUUAAGAAACUGCAGAGGCUCUCAACGUCAGCGGCUUAUCAGCAAGUUCACGGAAAAUGACCACGAAAAAGUAGAUCGGCUUUUGGAACUACACUUCAAGUAUCUGGAAAAGGUGGAGGAAAUUGACGAUCAUCUGGAAGAAGGUGAAGAAAACGAGGACGAAAACUACUUGAAGAGGUUGGAGGGUGGCCUGUUCACUUUACAGCUGGUUGAUUACAUUAUUGUGGAAGUAUGCGCCGCAGGCCCAUCGAGCAUCAAGCAACGCGUUAUGCAGAUCCUUAACCUACGAGGGGCAUCUCUAAAGACUAUAAGACACAUAAUGAGGGAGUACGCAGGUAAUUUAGGGGAGGAAGGCGACAAAGACUGGAGGGACCAGGAGCAGCAGCACAUUCUACAUUUAGUCGACAAAUUUUAAAGAAAUAAAUUCCAUAUAAUAAGCGUA